GGCGAUUCUGGGCUGGGUUAGGGUCACCCUGCUCGCCAGGGCCAUGUGUCGCCACGCGGGGCCGCGGCUGCCCCUGGUCGUCAAGAGCCUCAUCCCGGCCCUGGGCAGCGCCUUCGACAGCCAGAGGGUCACCAGCACCGCCUUCCUCGCCGAGCUCCUCAACAGCAACGUGGUGAACGACCUGAUCCUGCUGGAGCCUGUGAUGGACGCGCUGACGGGGAGACAGAAGGAUUCCUGCCUCCUGGUCCGGAUGCUGGCGCUGAGGGGGCUCGGGAAUAUCGCCUCUGGAUCCCGGGAAAAG